AAAGCAUAUGUGUGUGUGAAGAGGGAUUAAUUUUAGUGGGGAAGAAUCAAAGAAGAAAAACCCUUGCUACUGCUUUUCAUUUCUGACCUAAAAGCUCAGCUCCGAUUUGAAAAUGGGGAGUAGAUUGGGAGGACGAGUGGUUCAUUUCGCGAAUCUUCCGAUUAAGCUUCUGAUGCCUGCGAAGCUGACCAACAUUCACGAAUUCGCGUUGAAAACGAUUCCUUCCGCGUCCAAGAUCGAGAUCAAGCGAGUCCUGGAGUCGCUCUACGGAUUCGAUGUGGAGAAGGUGAAUACUUUAAACAUGGAUGGGAAGAAGAAGAAGCGUGGUGGUUUGUUGAUAGCGAAAGCUGAUUACAAGAAGGCUUACGUCACGCUACGUAGUCCAUUGUCGAUUUCUAGGGAUUUGUUUCCGGUGAAGUAUAUCGAGGAAGAUAGGAAGAGUAAAGUGAAAGGAUCUAGCUUUGUUGAGGAAGAAGAUGAUAAGAAGAGUCAUUGGCUUGAUCGUAAGGAGAAGAGGGAGAUUGGUGGUUAUGGUAAAGGUAAAGGUCGUCGAGGUGGUGAAAGGGCUAACUCUCCGACGAGAGGUGGUGCUGCGGCGGCGGGGACGGCCAAGUUUCCAUGGAGCAACAUGAGAUUUGUUGGUAAGUAGGGUUUAUGAGCAGAUUAUGAUCUGGGGUUUGUGUUUCUUUAGCUAUCGGAUUAUUGAUUUUGUUGUUUCUAUUACUUGAGGUUUGUGUAUUGAGAAUCUGAAUCAUUGAAGCUCUCAGUGUUUCUGAGAUUUGGCUAAUAAAUCUGAAUCAAGAUGUUUCCAAUUGUUUGUAAUCUUUCUCUUAGUGAUCUCUGAUUAGCUAUAUGAUAUUUGCUGCUCCCGAGUUCUAAAGCUUUUUUUCUUAAUUGCAAUCUAUAAGAAUGCUUAAGGGGAUUAACUCUGGUGAUGGUGCUUUGUUUGUCUGUUCAAGUUUUGAGAAACCUCUUAUUAGUCUU